AUGUUUGGAUCAAAAAUUAAAACAUGGAUGGAAAACCAUCUUGGUAGACCACGUAAAAAAAGCAACAAAAAUAAGAAUGUAUCGCCUUCUGAUCACAUAACGACUGGAGAACAAUAUAAACAAAAACAUGCAGCUACCGGUUUUACAGUCUACAAUAGCAAUGGAUGUUCAUCACCCUAUAGGACCAACACAAAUUCAAACAGUUCUAGUGGCAAUCAUACAGGAUGUAAUAGUAGCGUUAUUUCCAGUCCCAAUAGGCGUAGAGAAGUAUCGCCCAUACAAAAUCACACUCAGAGUCGCUAUGGUUGGCAAUCGCCAGAUAGAGAACAUGUCAUCUCUCCUAAAUCUGAUAAUUUCUUGUAUGCACCGCAGCAUCACAGCCAGCAGUAUUUGCGCAGCAAUCAUACGGCCCCUAAUACCCGAGAAAAUUCUUGCGAAGACAAUAAAAUCGUUUCUAAACAACAGCAGCAUCAACUUAAUUGUUCUACUUCAUCGUUUUCUUCAUUAUCAUGGUCAACCGGAUCUAAGGAACCGUCUAUGCACUCUAAUAAUAUUCAAAACAUAAAUGUAGUUUGUCAUUCAGUUGCUGCUCCUACCAAUAAUAAUUCCAAUAUCACUACAACUGAAAUAAAAUCAUAUACAACAGUAGAUACAAAAGAAACAGAUGAUGAUCCAAAUGCGGUACAUUACGAAGAAAUUGACGAAAUUGGCACUUUAAUAAGACAUCCUGAGAAACUGCGGAAUAACACGAUUAAUGAUUUUGAAAGACCAAAAUCCGAAAAAUUCCCAAAACUUACACAAACGACGACUGCAUUUUCGGAUAGUAAGCAGACUCAAGAUGAUGCUUCCACCCGAUAUGGCCGAUUGUUGCCAUCAAAGAUUCCAAACCCUAUAAUUGUAAGUUUUCGCACAGGUAGUGAGGAGUGUAUAUCAAGAAAUGGUUCGCAGUUCACGACACAAUAUGCACGGGGGGAUAUCAAAAAUAGCUCAUACUCACAAAAUUGCAAUGGAGUGAGAAGUAAAUUAAGGACGGGUGUGCAUCCGGGUUCUCUUCAAGGAAAUCCAUCAGCUCCCCUAGUUAGUCUAUCAUCCCCGGAAAGUGCCUACUCGACUGGCUAUUCAACAGAUGGGACAUCGCCUGGUACUGGGUACACACCACCGGAAUAUUAUGUAAAUAUGCGAACUGGUACCCACUAUUUCCCUAAAAGUGUGAACUCCUUAGCUAUAGAAGCUCAGAGAUAUAAAUUCGGAUUGAAUAAAAUUGAAGAAAUGUCUCCCAUUGAUCCCUUGCCGAAAACCUCAUUUGCUCAUCGUAAUAUUGAAGAAAAUUAUUCAGCAUUAGCUAAACAAACUAUUUUCACAGAACCGUACGAAAAGUCGUCAUCCACUUUUCAAGCGUGGGAAACAAGCGAAGUGAAGAGUCCAUUGCCCAUACGCAAUACUAUCGUUAUACCGACUUUAAAAGGUUUCGAAUCUCCUUCGCCCAGGCAAAGAUGUCGAAUACGUACCAAUCCCUGGUAUUCCACCACUGAAACCUCUUCAUCAAGUUCUACCGUAAAUCCAACUCAACAGCAGCAGCAACAACAACAACAACACCACCAUCAUCAUUCAGGUGGUUCACUUACCAACACAUCAUUAACAUCCUCAAUGACAUUCUCAUCUACUUCAUCACACUCGACAUCAGCCUUAUCGACAAUACAUCUCGAUCAAGACUUUCAACGUUCCGUCUCCCCAGGCAUCAGAAACACUACUUUAGGUGCAACAGUCUUGAGUAUAAAAAAUAACAACAGCAACAACAACAACAACAUGACAUGUGUGUCAUCAGAGUCGUCAUCCUCAUUGACAGAAGUGGAAAAUAUGCAGCGCUGCUAUACACCCAAUACCAUCAGACAAAAGCGUUCACUGCAAUUACAAUAUAAUCAACAUACUGCUCCUGUUGCCACUUGCAACAAGAAAAGUCAAGAGGUCCCUUUGGCUGUGGCAAGCGAUGACGAUGCCACAUUGAAUGAAAUGAUGGGUAAAUUUGAUGAAAGUUAUAUAUAUGAGAAAGAGACUGACAUUUUAAGCAGUGACUCUGAUCCUACUGACUGUCCCACGGAUAUGGAUACAGGACAAGAUGCUGGUGAUGAAUGUGACACUGAUGAUUUACUAGACAUAGAUUUUAUUGACACUUCCUCAAUACAAGAGAUUAACGAACAUAAGGACCACCAAGUCAAUUUGGGCAAAUGCUACUAUGUGCAAGGAAGUCCUUUGAUGGCCCACAGAAAAGCAUCUCUCAGAUCACAGAGACGAAAUUCAAGGAGUUCAAAACUAUCAAAUGAGCAAACAAUAAUCACCGCUGCAGCCAACAGUGCUCAAAGAAGAAGAAAACGUUUUCACAAAACCCGAAAGAAGAGCUCUGAAAGUAGGGAGAACUGUAGAUCCCCCCUACGUAAGCCAAGAGAGACACGAAGUGUUGGUGGAACACCCGUGUGUCUAAGAAAACGCAUAGCAAUCAGCGAAAAGCAAAGAUUUAGUCACACUACACCUCAUAGACUAUCCCACCGGUCGAGUUCCUUAGUAUUUACGGGUGUUCGUGAAAAUCGUUUUAUGACUGUAGCAGAAAGUGAGAAAGCUCUAUUAAAGGCUGAUUUUGAAGCAGAUGUGAAAUACCGUCAACUAAUAAUGGAAGCCGAAUCCAUAUUGCUAUCAAUGAGAAAUAGCUUACAAAGUAUUUCUCGUGAAACACCUGUAGCAAGUCCACGAAGGCUGAAUCCUUUAGCCAAUAAACGAGUAGAAAUGAUUAAGAACUGUGAAAUUGAACCAAAAAGAGAUAUUCAAAAGCAACAACAGCAUUCACCUAAGAAACAUAUUGCAACCGAAUUAACCGAUCAGGAAUUAACAGCUGCCGUCAACAAACGCAUUGAAAUUUUAAAAUUGGAAACCCACUCUCCACCUGGAAGCCCAAAGUUGGGUCAAUGCAGUCCUCGAAAAACCCACUUAACCAAUUUCAUUAAUCAAAACACACCCUCCGAGGGAAGCGUAAGAAAAAAUUCAAACAAUUCUCCCUUAGUUCAAAGAAGAAACACAAGCCCCAUCGCAUCUCCUUCGCCACAACAAAGAUGUUCCAAGUUCCAGAAUAACUUAAGGCCGCCUUCUCGUACUAACAAUUUACAGCUCAGUGACUCUGACCAAGAUUCUAGCAAACCAGUUAAAUUACCACCCAACUCCAAAUGUGAUGCUGGCAUUAAAGCAUCAACUUUCAUCCAUCAACUUAAAAAUAAAGGACCUUCAAUGUCUCUAAACUAUUGUCCACAAAGUGAACCGCUAAAACGUAAAAUCUACAAAAAUCACCAUCCAUCUUUUGACCGCACCGAGAAUUACAAUCCUUUACAAGAAGAUAUCCAAUAUAAUGAGAGGCAGGAACUUUUGAAACAACAACGUCUUAAAGCCUACAAUACCGGAAGUGGAGAAUUUCCCAUUCACAAUCGAAAGCUUCAACUAAAAUCAAAUAGUCAAGAUCUUUACCAUUUGUCGUCAUAUGGUGCAAAGUGUGAUUUCAACACCAACAUGGUGCCAGAUAAAGCUGCCUUAAUACUCAGCACAAUUGAAGAUUUGAAACGUAAUUUGGAGCAUCAAAGCAUCGAGCUCAACGGACUACACGAUUCGUAAAGUUGACUCAAUUAUUUUUAUUAUUCCAAU